CCUUCCAAGACAUCCAAAGCCUCUCUCUCUCUCUCUAGAACGCUCUGCAUAUCACACCGAGCAGUAUAGUUCAAGUAUUCUCUCUCUACCUCCCUUCUCUUUACACAGCAAUUCUUUCUUUCCAAUCGUCUCUCUUCUCUUCUCUUCUCUCUCUAAUCCGGUCUUAUCAUAAGAGAGGAUAUAGAUAGAUUACAGAGAGCUAACGUUUCGAGAAAGAAGGAAAAGAAUGCCUGAGAUGGAUGGGUCUUCCAAACCUCCACAGAUUUCCGAAAUGUUUCAGAAAUUUGCCCUUGCUUUCAAGUCUAAAACCUUUGAAUUCUUUGCCGAUGAAGACCCCGCUGGCGCCGGAGCGGCUGCCGACAGCUACGACUCCGACGGGUUUUCCCUCCUUGACUCCGCCGAGGAAGUCAUCACCGGUCAGAAAGUAGUCGUCAUCAAGCCCGACCAGCCCGCGUUCCCCAAACCCUCUCCGCCGGUUGCGAUGGAGAAAACACCUUCGAACCCGGAGACCCAGAUCAGACCCAUUAAUGCCCACUUCUCAGAACCGUUGAUUUCGUCGCUGUUCGCUACCAUUUCCUCUUUUGAAGCUUCGUAUCUCCAAUUCCAAACAGCCCAUGUCCCUUUUGUCGAAGAAAGCAUAAGCGCCGCUGACAGGGCCGCGGUGUCGCACCUCCGGAAACUGUCGGAUUUCAAGCAAUUGUAUAGAGAAUUUCGCCAGAAUCCGAAUUCCAACCUUGAUUUUCCAAUUGGGUCUUCCUUGGAAGCUCAGGUGGAGGAGAACCAAAGCAAGCUUCGAGCUCUGGAAACAGUCUCUAAUCGACUACAGUUGGAAAUUGACGAUAAAGCUGCUGAGGUUUUGAUUCUAAGACACAAUUUGGAUAAGAUUCGAAAACUUAAUUUGAAGUUGUCGAAAAGGUUAUCUGAUUAUGAAAAUCCAUCAUCUGAGGUCUUUUUGUCUAUUACAGUUUUUGAUUCUAUAUUGCAUGAUGCUUGUAGAUCAAUGCAUGUUUUUACUAAGAUUUUGAUUGAUUUGAUGAAGAAAGCGAAGUGGGACUUGGAUUUGGCUGCAAAUUCGGUUCAUCCUAAUAUUGAUUAUGUGAAAAAAGGGCAUUAUAGGUAUGCGUUUCUGUCAUAUGUUUGUUUGGGGAUGUUUCGAGGUUUUGAUUCAGAAGGGUUUGGAUUGGGUGGGAAUGAAGUCACGUGUAAUGGCGAUGGUGCUAAUUUGGUUAAGAAUCGUUCUUUGAAGCAAUUAAUCGAGCAUGUAUCUGAUGGUCCUUUAGAGAUCCUUAAGAAUCCCAAUUCUGAGUUUUCAAAGUUUUGUGAGACAAAAUAUCAAGAGCUUAUUCACCCUACAAUGGAAUCAUCGAUUUUUAGCAAUUUGGAUAAAAAUGAAGUUGUAUUGAAUUCAUGGAGGUCCUUGAGCGUAUUCUAUGAGUCGUUUGUUAACAUGGCAAGUUCGAUAUGGAUGCUUCAUAAACUGGCCUUUUCAUUCAAUCCCGUGGUUGAGAUCUUUCAAGUUGAGCGAGGCGUAGAAUUCUCCAUGGUGUAUAUGGAAGAUGUUACGAGGAAGUCUAUGUUGCCUGGAAAAGCUAGGGGAAAAGUGGGGUUCACAGUAGUUCCGGGAUUUAAAAUUGGGAGGACGGUUGUCCAGGCUCAGGUUUAUCUAACCAGCAUGAAGUGUACAGAGUAGUAAUUUGUGUUUCCAUGUGUAGAAAACAGAGGAAAUGACUACACUCAAGGCUACUCUAUUUGGGGAUCAGCAAACAACACGGAAAACGGAUGAGGAUUGUAAUGACAUCUGGAGAGCUUUGUUUGUUGGUUGAUUAUACUGAUACAAAAUAAAUAUUGAAGUUGGAGUUUCCUAAUCCAAAGAUGCCUGGUUACCAUAUUGAAGAAGGAAACUUGGCAAAACGCAUGUUAAAAAGUUCAAGUUCCUUGCUGUGGUAUGGCAGCUCUGUGAUCAUCUUGUCAUAUUACCUAUCAAUCUAUCUGGUUGUGAAUUUACUUUCUCUCCUUUUUCUUAGGAUUCUCUGUUGAGUUCCAUGUAGAGAAAUCUGUAAAGCAGUUCUUCAAACUGUCUGUUUUUGGGUUAUCUGACACUAAAAUAGUGUACCAAAUUGUGUAUCUAAACCAAGUGUUUGAAUAUUACAAUAGUGUUAACUUCCAA